AGGUAACCUGAGCUGGAGCAUGAUCUUGAGAAAAUACUUGAACGCGGUGUGCCACAUCGUGCCUGUGCAGCGCGAAGACCGACAUUUGUUGGCAUCGAUUGUCUUCAUUCUUCAACUUUUCAAAUCCAUUUCGGCCCGUCUUCUCCUACUUCUUUCAUAUCUGCAAACCUGUCUCGGUUCGUUUGAAAACAUGACCCGCAAGCCAAUCGAACAUGAGGAAGCGUCGCGCUCAUUUGAACCUCGCCAGUCAUCCCCCUCUGGCGAAUCACAGAGCAGUGCUGGUGGAAGCUCCAACCACCAUCCUCGACAUUCUUCGGUCUUAUCAGCCCAGAGCAACGGCGUCCCCGCAACUGGAAGAGGCAGCGAGCAGAGGACGAUACUGGCGCGCGACCUUGCGCUCCUCUCCAUUGAGAAUGACCAGCCCAGAACUCCGUCCAUAUCCGUAUCCGGAUCUGCUGCCGAGACCGGCACGGAAUCAACCCAGGGUUGGACGCCCGCGUCAAGCCGAGCGUCUUCUAGCAUCUCCUGGGGCGGCGUCAACGCCCGACUCGACGCGCUGGUGUUCUCUCAAGCCGGCAGUGCUACCCCGCCGGGUCGUCGUCCGAGCUCAAGCCGCCUUCACACUGAUAGCCGUGGCUCUGACGUGGCCAGGUCCGAAACGGCGAGCACCCAGUCCCGCCGACGACGUUCGAGCUCUCGGCUCGCCGAGCCGCGCCACGAGGUUGAAAGCGAGGAACUACCGUCCGAGCCCUUCCAUGCGCCCGCAUUCCAAGCGGCGUUUGGCGAUGCGAAGGACCUCGUUUCCAUGAUAAAGAACGGGCUUUCAACGAGCGAUCUUAGCCGUGAGCCUGAAUCAACGUUGGCAAGACUUGUUCGAGAGUCUACACGGCUGGCGAACUUCGAGUGUCAAAAUACCCGGACUGUGGGCUUGGUUGGGGAUUCAGGUGUUGGCAAGAGCAGCCUCAUCAAUUCUCUUCUUGACGUGAAGGAUCUGGCACGCGCGAGCAACAGCGGGGCUGCGUGUACAUGCGUUGCUACUGAAUACCACUACCAUAACCGCGAUGAUAUCACUGUUGAAGUGGAAUAUUUCACCCUGGAUGAGCUGCGAGGACAGAUUGUCGAACUUCUGCGGAACUACAGGUUUUUCCACCUCCACCGGCAGACCAUCACAGAUGAAGCCGAGCUGCGAGAUUGCGAAGAGCGAGCGAACUUGGCCCGAGACACAUUCCUUGCUAUGUUCCCCACGCACCUUGCCGAAGAUGACAGCCUUCUACUCCAGAAUUCCGAGGAAGACGCUCUCGGAAACCUCAUGCAUUGGGUUGGGCAAGCUGAUCACCUCCUCCAAGGUAAUCAGAGUGCUAUUCGGCGGGAGGUUAUUCUAACCCACAGGCAAUGUUCCGACAGAUUGAUGCAGCUCACCUCAGACCGCCGAGAUACAAACGAGCGGUCGGCCCCAUGGCCUUUUAUCCGCUGUAUCAGAGUUUACCUGAGGACUUUCAUUUUGAGCAAGGGGCUUAUAUUGGUGGACUUGCCAGGCCUUCGGGAUCUGAACUCGGCGCGGCGCAAGAUCACGGAACGGUACAUGCGAAACUGUGACGAGGUUUUCGUCGUCUGCAACAUCGGACGAGCCACUUCCGACGAGGGGGUCAAGAGUGUCAUCGACCUCGCAUGCAAGGCAAAUAUGCACAAUGUCGGCAUUGUGUGUACGAAGUCAGAUGACAUCCGGCCCGACGAAGCGCAACGGGACUGGAGAGGUGACAACGCCAGGAAAAUCCAACGUUGGCGUACUUCGAUCCGCGAGGAUAGCGCAGCACUUGAUGGCCUAGAAACCCGUAUCGAUGACUAUGCCGGUGAGGAGGAAUUGAGCCCGGAGGAACAGAGAGAGUUCCAGCGGCUACGACAGAAGAGAAUUCGGGUGAAACAACGAUUGAACGACACCCGUUUCAAACUGGAACGCUUUAUCGUGACAACACGGAACGGGAUAGUCACGAAAGAGCUCCGAAGCCUCUACCAGGACAGAAUCCCCAGCUCCCCGCUGGAAGUAUUCUGCGUAAGUAAUACGAUGUACUGGGAAUAUCGUGACAAACCAGAAAAUGUUUCAAAGCCGUAUCUCGAUCUGAGCGGAAUCCUGGAACUCCGGAAGCACGCAAUUUCUAUUGUUGCCCAGAAUCAGCAUCGCACCGCGAGUCGAUACAUGAAAGACGAUAUCCCCGCCUUCAUCGGCUCGGUUAAGCUCUGGGUUCAAUCCGGUGCAACCAUUGCUUCCGUUGAGAGAAAGAUGAUCAUCUACAACACUGUGCAGCAAGCCGAGGUGAUGCUCGCCCAAUCACUUGCAUCACCCGUAUCCCGGCCACAGCACGUUGGGGGGAUUUUAUGCGAUAUCUUCAAGGCGUUGGUGUAUGACAGGCGAAACAUAGCCGCCUGGUCCGAAGGCUCCUCUAAUGCCGCAAGGAGGUGGUCACCAUGGGCUUGGAAUACAUACGGAGCAUUCUGCCGAAGGCACGGUGAGUUCCAGAGCAGCAGCGUUGGAUGGCAUAACUGGAACGAAGAAGCCAUGGCCAUUAUGAUGAGUGUGGCUCCGGACCACUGGCAAGGUCUUACCACUGCCGUUCAAACCCUCUACCAGGAGAUAUCGACGCAGACAAACGGUUCUCUAACGCAGGCCAGGAUGCUUCUCGAAACCGUGAUUGACGGCACGCCGAGUCCAAUUGAAACCCUGUGUUAUAACAUCGAACACCGUCGAAGGCAGCUCGAUUCGGAGAUUUCGGGAUCGUUUGAGCUAUUCAAUCGCAGACUCUCUUCACUAAGGACGGAUGCGCUUUCAUGCAUUCGGACCUCAACUAUGAUGAUGCUCGUGGAGCCAGUGUACGACGCAGCCUGCAUGACCACUGGGGGUAAGGGCACCCAUGCUCGGCAAGUAGCCGAGAUCACAAGGGGGUUUGGAGACCAACGCCUCUUCCAAGACCUAUAUAUGGAAGCCAUAACUCAAUUCUCCGAACUGGCCAACAAUUUAGGCACUGAGGUCAGAACGGCGAUUGCGAAUCAUCUAUGUGCUGUGAAGCUUGAUAUGGAUUCGGUGAGGAACGACAAUGUAGCGCUGGAAAGUGAGCGAGACCCAGAGUUUCGAAGAAGGAUGGAGCAGUUGGUGUUGGUUGCGGAAGGAAGGGUUGGAGUCCUUCAUCAUCGUGCCCAUAUCUAGUCUUUUCUUUCUUUCUUUCUUUUUUUUUUUUUUUUUUUUUUU